AGGGAGAUUGCUUUGUUACGGAAGUUGAGUCAUCCACAUCUCAUUCAGUUGUUCGACGUGCUCUACAACGAAGAAAAACAAAAAUUGUACAUCACCAUGGAAUACUGUAUCGGCGGUCUGCAAGAAAUGAUUGACAACUGCGAGAAUGGUCUUCCCAUUUGGCAGGCACACUCAUAUUUCGUCCAACUGGUGGAUGGAAUCAACUAUAUACACAGCAGAGGCGUAAUUCACAGAGACAUCAAACCCAGCAAUCUGUUGCUAUCACGCGAAGGAGACAUCAAGAUCUGUGAUUUUGGUGUAGCUGAGGAAUUGGACACAUACGCACCUACAGACAGGUGCACAUCCAGUGCCGGCUCUCCAGCAUUCCAAGCACCAGAGAUAGCCGCUGGGAAACCAGAGUACUGUGGGUUCAAGGUGGAUGUAUGGGCACUAGGGAUAACCUUAUACAACCUGACUACCGGUGAAUAUCCCUUUAACGGAGACAACAUAUACGACCUAUUCGAGAAUAUAUCAGCUUGCAAGUACACAGUCCCCGACCACAUCGAUGAUUUCCUGAGGGAUUUAAUAUUGAACAUACUGUGCGAGGAUGUGGAGAAAAGGUUCUCGCUGGAUCAGAUCAUGCACCAUGAGUGGUAUAUGGGUUCACCAGAUAAGAGUGACCCGGCCGCCCCAUUGCCGGUAGCAGACAUAUAUAACAGCACAACACUUAUUCCUUAUUUGGAAGAGUUGUACGACGACGUCGAGGACGAUGAUGACAAUGUGAGCACUCGCCUGGAAGUCAAUUCUGGCUGGGUCCCCGCGGCUGGGCGAGAGUCGACCAACUUCCAUGACAACUUAGAGGCAGGGGGGCAUCAUCUGAAUCCACAGCGAGGCACACAAUGCUAUGGUGAACAACCCAAAUCAACGUCACCGCGAACAGCCGACCUCGAAAGGGGAAGUAAUCCAGGACACAAAGGCACAACUCGGGAGGAAAACACGAUACGACUGACCAAAUCAAGGUCGACCAUGAAUGCCAACGUCCAACGCAAAUCCGUAAAGAAAGUGGGAUCAAAAUGUAGUCCAAUGUAAUGAGGACCAAUAAUAAAAUAUGUCGAACGUGUGUCCGCAA